GCCUACAACAGCAGUGGGAUUCAUCACCUGCCCGCUGGCCUCGUCAGCAAGCUAAUACAGCUUCUCACUCAGUCAACGGACUGGAAAAAAAUGACUCGGGGCAAGGAAAACGCCGUGCAACAGCACUUCUGACCGCGGAAGUUUACCGAGUUCGGCGAUGCCUGGUAACACUUCCAACGCUGAUCAAGAGCCGCUUCUCACUUCAAAACGUCGGUUGAUUGACGAGUCGGAUUCCGAUGAAGGUGAAACCUUAUUUGAGAGGAGGACUUUAAUCGCCCCGCACGAUGCCGACGAGGGCGCCCGCGCCAGGUUGUCAUACGAGGAAGCAGUCGAGGCAGCAGGCUUCGGCUGUUUCCACUGGCUGCUGCUGCUCGUUUGCGGCUGGGCCAACGCCAGCGACGCCGUGGAGAUCGUCUGCGUGUCCUUCCUGCUGCCCUCGGCCCGCUGCGACCUCCUGCUCAGCUCCUCCGACAUGGGCCUGCUCACCGCCUCCAUUUUCCUCGGCAUGAUGGUGGGCGGCUACGUGUGGGGAUAUUUGGCCGACCGGAGGGGGCGCCGCAACGUCUUGGUGGUCUCCCUGUCGGUCAACGGCCUCUUCGGGGGUCUGGCCAGCGCGGCGCCGUGGUUCUGGCUCUUCCUGCUGCUCAGGUUCAUCAGCGGCGUCGGGGUUGGCGGCUCCAUUCCCGUCAUCUUCUCCUACUUCUCCGAAUUUAUGCCGCGACUGAGGCGAGGCACGAUGAUCAGCGCUCUGGCCACCUUCUGGAUGGCGGGCAACAUUCUGGCUGCAGGCCUGGCCUGGUUGGUGAUCCCCAGAACCUGGAUGCAUUUGUCCGUGGGCCGACUGAACUUCCAGAGCUGGCGAUUGUUCGUCGUGCUCUGCUCCGUCCCGAGCGUCACGUCAGCGGUCAUCUUCAGGCUCCUCAUGCCCGAGAGCCCCAAGUUCCUCAUGGAGGCCGGCCGAGAGCGAGAGGCCGUCCACGUCUUCCGCCAGAUGUUCCGACUGAACAUGCUUGGGAAAGGAGAAUCUCUCCCUGAGUUUUCCUUGCACGUGAACAUCAAACAAAGAGCGCACGAGACCGAGACUCGACAGUCGUGUGGACAACUCGCUGCUAUUCUGAAAAAGGCUCUGAUGCCGCUCCGGCAGAUGUUUGACGGGAACCUGAAAUCCAGAAGCGUCGUGCUGCUCAUCAUUUUCUACUGCAUUUCCUUUGGCUACUACGGGCUGUGGAUGUGGUUCCCCGAGCUUUUUUCCCGAGCGGAGGCCGGCAGCUCCCCGUGUGCCAACAUGUCCGCCCCGUCCCAACAGCACACCAACAGCUGCUCCCCCGUCAAGACUGUGGUCUACGAGGAGAGCUUCUUGAUCGCCGCGGCCAACCUUCCCGGCAACAUCUUCACCAUCCUGGUGGUGGACAACAUUGGAGCGAAGCCGCUGCUCUCGGUCAGCCUGCUGGUGUCCAGCCUGAGCGUGUUCCUCAUCUAUGUGGUGCAGAGCAAAAGCCAAAGUCUGCUGCUGUCCUGCUUGUUCAGCGGCGUGUCCGUCAUCGCCUGGAACGCUCUGGAUGUGGUGGGCACGGAGCUCUACCCCACGCAGCUACGUUCGUCGGCGCUGGGCUUCUUCACGGGUGCGGGCCGAGUGGGGGCCAUCAUGGGGAACGUGGUCUUCGGCAACAUGCUGGACUCGGACUGCGCCGUCCCCAUCCUGCUUGUGUCGGUCAUGCUGAUGUCCGGUGGUGUGUCGGCGCUCUUCCUUCCGCACACCAAACAGAUGGAACUUGCCUAACCUUUGCCUUUGUGUGUGUGUGUGUGUGUGUGUUAUAAAACCGGUACUAAUUUAUCAGAAAUAUUCCACCACUUUGUAAGAUUAGAAAUAUUAUAUUUUAACUCUCCCCUCCAAAAUAGCUCAAGACACAGCCAUUAUCGUCAGAACAGCUCGCCACAAAAUUGUGUAGACCCUGAAGUGAACAUUUCCAUUCAUGAAUGUCCAAAAAUAACGGGAAAUGUACACUGACUACUGUACAUUGUAGCAAAGUGGCACUUCUUCAAUGUUGUCCCAGUGAAAAA